AGGACACACAAAACGAGGUUCACUGAGUAAGCAAUAACUGUUACUGUUCCAAUAUUUUUAUGUUAAUUACUCGUAGCCGUUCACGUUUUUUUGUUUCUUUUUCCCAUCCCUGUCCUUGCCAAAUCCUCAUUGCUCACUCUCUCUGCAAACCCAUCAAAUUUAUGCUUCAAAACAAUAACCACACCGAUACACUUUCAGGUUUCUCUUUAUGCCUUCGAUUUGAUUACUCUUACCUACCCUUCAUUACAACCCAUUUCUUCCUUUGUACUUACCCUUCCCUAAUAAGGCUCAUGUCCCUUUCCUACCAACAUUUUUCGAGGUAACCCUCUUUCAUUUUCACACUCCCUGCUUCACCAUGCAACUUCGGUUCCCUUUUUUAUUUUGUUUUUCUCUGUCUCAAACUUAAAGUUCACAUUUUUAAUCAAGUUGGUCUUGUUCUUUCACAACCCAUCAACUUUUAUAACAUUUUUAUUUUUAUUUUUCUUCAUUGGGUUUGCUUAAGUGCUAUAAAAAUGGAGUUUUUUCUAUGAAUGCUUGCUGAAUGUGUGCAAUUUGAAAAUUUUGAAAAAUGGGUGCUUCAAACUCAAGAGCUGAAAAGAAUGAAGCUUUGAGUUUGUGUAAGGAAAGAAAAAGAUUCAUUAAGGUAGCUAUUGAUUCUAGAUAUGAUUUAGCUGCUGCACAUGUUUCUUACAUUCAAUCUCUUAGAAAUGUUGGUAUAGCUUUAAGAAGAUAUGCUGAGGCUGAGGUAUUGGUAGAAUCUUCUCUUUCAAUUUCUGAUAAAACCCCGUCUCAAACUAGUUACCCUUCUCCAUCAUCACCAUUAAAUGUUGCUGAGGUUGAGGUUUCAGAUUCACCUUUGCACAACGAAAGUCCUCUUUCACAAUCUGUUCCUUCUCUUAGUUACAUGAGAUCAGGUGGUAAUGCUUCUGUCACUGUUACAAUUGAUCCUUGUGGUGGUAACAACUAUUUGGAUGAUGAAUCAACUGUGUUUCCUCCUCCACCUCCACCCGAGUUAGGUGCAUCUUGGGAUUUCUUUGAUCCUGGAGAGGAUAGUGAGAGUUUCAGGUUUGUAGUGCAUGGUGGUGAGUCCAGAGAUUGCAGAGAUGAAGAAAAGGGUGAAAGGUUUGAUAGAAACUUCAGCAAUGCUGCUGCAAUGGGAAAUGAGCAUAGUAGUAGUUCUUAUGUACAAUGUUUUGAUCAUUUAGUUGUUUCAAGUGAUGUUGAAGGUUGUAAACAAUUGGUUGAUGGAAAAGUGAGAGUGGGACAGUUAGAGGCACCAGGUACUGAUGGUGAUGUUGGAAGAUCAAGUUCAAAGAAGGAGAAGAAUAUGGCUGGGAAUAAUGUGUGCACAGAAAGAGAGGAUCCUUCAGAGUUCAUCACUCAUAGAGCUAAAGAUUUUUUGUCUAGCAUUAAGGAUAUUGAGCAUCGGUUCAUUCGAGCUUCAGAAUCUGGUAGGGAGGUUUCAAGGCUGUUAGAGGCAAAUAGAAUCAAGGUUGGAUUUUCUGAGGCAAAAGGGAAGUCGUCGACGAUGGAUUUGAUCACGGCUAUCCAGCCUGUUUGUUGCCGCAGAAAGGCUUCACCUGUUUUCCAGGAACCUGUACAAAAAAUUAUUAGUUGGAAAAGGACAGCAUCUUUUCGAUCAUCCUCGUCUAGGAACCCUUUGGCUUCAAAAUCAAGGGAAGAUAUUGAUGACAGUGGAAGUGACUUCGUUGAAGAAUUCUGCAUGAUUGCUGGAAGCCAUUCAUCCACCCUUGACAGACUGUAUGCGUGGGAGCGAAAACUCUAUGAUGAAGUUAAGGCUAGUGAAUCCAUCAGGAAGGACUAUGAUCGAAAAUGUCACCAGCUUAGGCAUCAAUUUGCAAAAGACCAAGGUACUCAAGUCAUUGACAAGACCAGGGCGACUGUGAAGGAUCUGCAUUCGCGAAUAAGAGUGGCUAUUUAUUCCGUCGAUUCGAUAUCUAAAAGAAUUGAAAAAAUGAGGGAUGAAGAGUUGUGUCCACAACUUCUGGAAUUAACAGAGGGAUUGGUCAGGAUGUGGAAGGCUAUGCUUGAAUGUCAUCAUGCACAGUACAUUACCAUCUCUUUGGCAUAUCAUUCAAGGAACACAACAGGAACCUUGCAAGGAGAUGCACGCAGAGAAAUAAUGACUCAUCUGCUAGAAGAAAUUGAAUUAUUUGGUCUGAGUUUUGCAAACUGGAUUAACAGUCUCACCUUGUAUGUGGAAGCUCUCAACGGCUGGCUGCAACACUGCAUACUUCAACCAAGGGAGCGUUUGAGGAGCAGAAGACCAUUCUCCCCUCGCCGAGCUCUGGCUCCGCCUAUAUUUGUUCUCUGUCGUGAUUGGUGUGCUGGGAUCAAGGCUUUACCUUCCGAAGAACUUAGUCAUGCAAUCAGAAACUUUUUGUCUGAUCUUCACUGUCUGAUGGAGCAGCAAAAUGAUGAUCUUCUCAAGAAACAGAAUUCAACUCAUGCAAGCACACCAGAAAACGAGAUCAAAACUAAUGAAGACAAUGGAGCUGAGUCUGCUAAUUUGUGUUGUGUACAUGCAAGUUUAACCAAGGUACUUAAUCGACUGACCAAAUUUUCGGAAGCGUCGUUGAAGAUGUACGAAGAUAUCAGGCAAAAAAGUGAAGCGGCUCGAACUGCAUAUUAUAAUUGCAAAACUAGCAGGGCUGAAAAAUGUUAAUUCUCAACUAUAGAAAAACACCCUAAACAGAAAACUGUAAACACAUAUGAUCCUUGACUCUUUGCACUUGUUUGAAAAAGAAAUUUGUAAGAUGAAAAUCGGUGAAGUAUCUGUUAAUGAUUGUCAAUGUGGCGUGUUAAUUGAUUAAAUCUUAAAAGACUUUACUCAUCAA